GCCUUUUUGACCUGCUAGGAGUGAUUGUGUUGCAACCUCGCGGUGAUCCAACGACCACCUGCUUUUCUUUUCUUGCUCCUUCUUGGCUUGGAGGCGUUCAGUAUCUUAACGCAGUCCCUCAUUGAUCUCUCUCAAACCCUCACCCUUGUCUCAAGUCUUCAAAUUCAACGUGAGGAGGCUCGAAUUGCCAAAGCCACCGAGUUCCCGCAGCGCAUGCACAUGUCGUCCCGCGGCCCGCCCUCUUGGCUCUUCUCCCACAACACCGACAACGACAGCAAGCAGCAGCAAUCGCGUGCUACAGACGAGAAGACGCAGAGCAAUAAACACAAGCAGCCUGCAAAACAAACCGACAAAAUGGGCAAAAAAAGCACCGCCAAGGCAGCCCCUGCCUCCAAGAAGAAGGCUGUCCCUGUCCCCGCCGCCGCCGCCGCCGCCGCCGCCCAGCAGGCCCCGGCCCAGCUGAUGGACAUGGUCGGAGACUUCCUUGCCGAAAACUCCUUCACCAAGGCGCAUACUGCCUUCGUGAAGCAGCGCGGCGUGAGCAGCGCCCCGCGGAGCGUCGAUCAGACGCUCAUGGACCUCUAUAGCGCUUGGGACCAGGCCAGGGUCAAGAACCUAGACAAGACGAAGAAAGCGGGCUCUUCCGCCGACAGCUCCAGCGACGACUCAAGCUCAGACGAGAGUUCCAGCUCUGGUGAUAGUGACAGCUCCUCUUCGGACGACAGCGCGGAUGAGAGCGACGACUCUAGCUCUUCCUCGGACGACAGCGACAGUGACAGCGAGAAGGAGACGGUCAACAACAAGCCCGCCGCCAACCUGAAGCGCAAGGCUCCCGCCAGCGACUCUUCCUCCUCGUCUGACUCGAGCUCCUCCGACGAGUCCAGCUCCGACUCCGACUCUGACUCGGCCAGCAAGCCCAAGACGAAGAAGCAAAAGACUACGGCGGCCACGUCUGGCAACUCCGACUCAGACAGCUCGUCAGAUGACGAGAAGAUGGACGUGGACAGCUCCUCAUCCGACUCGAGCUCCGACUCUGACUCCGACUCGAGCGACUCGGACGAGUCCGUCGUCAAGGCAGAGGUCGCCGCCAAGGUGGCACUUCCCGAGUCUGACUCCGACUCUAGCUCCAGCUCGUCCGACUCGUCCGAUUCGGACUCGGAGGACGAGAAAAAGACGAAGAAGAAGACGACGAAGAAGCCCGCCAAGGCCGUCAAGGUCUCCUCCAGCAAGGACCAGUCCGACUCGUCAGUCACGCUGCCCAGCAACUCGCCCGAGCCUCCCAAGACGUCCACCACCAACCCUCCUCUGCCCCCGGACCCCGUCGUCAACGGCACCAACGGCGUCAACGGCCGCGCCGGCGGCAAGAAGCAGCAGAAUGAGCGCUUCUCCCGCAUUCCCAAGAACAUCCAGGUCGACACUCGCUUCGCCUCCAAUGACUACAUCUCCAUGGACUACUCGCAACGCGCGCACGAGGACCUCAUCGUUACACGUGGCAAGGGCUUCACCAAGGAGAAGAACAAGAAGAAGCGCGGCAGCUUCAAGGGCGGCAUGAUUGACAUCAACGACAAGAAGGGCAUCUACUUUGACGAUUGAGGCAGUGCGGGCAGUAACAAAAACAAAAACCGAGAAAAAAGAAAGCGAAUGCACGCACGUGUUGCGUGUGAGCCAGCUCAAUGGAAAAGACAAGACAGGGUCGACAGACAGAUAGGAGGCAUUGCGGAGCAAAGGACCGGCGUUACAGGUGGAGCGAAGACACACGGGGCGUCUCCCGACUCGAUAUACCCGAGGCGCGGCAGGGGCGUUGAUGUUUAUUGACCUCGUUUAAAACUCUCUGUUGGCAUGGCGGCGUAUGUAGAACCGUAGAAUUUUCGCAUAGCAAACAUCAUUGCUUUCUUCCGGUUUAAAUAGAACAAAAACAACAACCCCC